GACCGGCAAACGAAUCGAUCCCUUCUUCCCACCUCUCGCCUCUCCGCUGUUUGUGGCCAUGAUUGCGUCUCGCACCGGGGCCAUCACGGCCGGCAUCUGCGGCGCCGUCUUCAUCGGAUACUGCGUCUACUUCGACAGAAAGCGACGCAGCGACCCCGACUUCAAGAAGAAGCUGCGAGAGAGGCGACGAAAGCAGAAGCAAGCCACUUCCAGCGCACAGAUAAUUCUGCCGGACAUUAAGGAUACUGAGGCCGUGCAGAAGUUCUUCCUUCAGGAAAUCCAGCUUGGCGAGGAGAUGCUGUCACAAGGUGAGUUUGAACAGGGGGUUGAGCACCUGACCAAUGCAGUGGCAGUGUGCGGCCAGCCCCAGCAGCUGCUGCAGGUGCUGCAGCAGACACUGCCGCCACCGGUCUUCCAGAUGCUGCUGCAGAAGCUGCCCACCAUUGGACAGAGGAUCGUUUCACGCUCCACGCUGCAGGAGGUGGAAGAAGAGGACGUGGAGUGAUUGUUUUAGGUUCAAAUUUUCACCAUCUAGCUACUCCCUUAUAACUCCAGUUUAUACCAAACUGUAUUUCUGGACAGUGCUACACUUUUUCUUUGCUUUUGUAUUGCAUUCAUUAAUGCGCAUGAACCUAACCUUUUCAAAGCCUUUAUAUAAUUGUCAUUGUUACAAAUGUGCAAACUUUCAGAUGAAACUUUGACUCCAGUUUCCUUUGGUGGUGGUUUAAGUAAAUAAAAUGUUUUAUUUACAAGACAAUUUGUGUUACAUUAUUUUAUUAAGCCACAGCUCAACAUGUUUACAAUACAGAAUAUUGGUUAUGCAUGCAAAAAUGCUUUCUUUAAUCCUUUCAUCAAUGAGGCAAGGUAACAUAGCUCCCCCAUAUUAACUCCUGUAUUACAAAUACAGUCCGAAGUGCAUCAACAGCCUUUACACAGUAGGGAUGUCUAAUGUACAUUUUCUUAAAAAACAACAGGAUCUUGCUUUUUAAAGCCAACAUGGAUGAAAAGCACAUGCUCUGGGUUUAUGGCAGCAUUUAAGCCCAAUGCUUGGAUCGGCACAAAUCCUGUUUCCAAAAAUCUCUUUAAAAAAUAAGAAACACAGUUAUUUGGGCAACGUGAUCCUCCAGACUCGUUAAGCACAUUGCAGACGUGUCUGUGCGAAGACAGUGCUGCACACAGUAGCUUGGCCCCUUUAUGUCGCGGGAUUGCGAAGUGGCCCCUUGGCGCUCGGCUCACAUCUUGGGCUGGACGAUGAGGCCUGCGCGAGCAGCCAGGGCCUCGUUCUGCUGGAUGUGGUACUCCUGGAAUCGCUGCGAGAUUCUCUGCGUCAUCUUCAAAUAUUUCUGCAUGCAGGUCUCGGUGCAGUUGUUCUGGACAUGUGAGAAAGUGACCAGCAAGAAGGCAUGAAAUGGUGCAUUCAUUCGUGUUGAAAUAUGAAUCUAAAGAUACAUUUUUAUUUAUUUAAGCAAAACACAUUGUGCAAUGUAGUCUAAUGGAGUGAAUAAAACGACACCAGAGAAAAA